CUUAAAUAUCAACACAAACUUGUUAUUGUAACAUAUUUUUGCCAACACCCUGUAUUUCAUUAGAAAUUGGUGUAACCAUGCUGAACCUGUGGAGGCUCUUCACCAGUGUUUUUGUAAUACUGCAGCUCCAGUCACACAUGAGAGCGAGCAGAGCUCAGCGAGACACCCCGGCGGAUCUGCCCGUCCUGCUCUGGUGGACGCCGUUCAGUGACGAUCCUGGCUACGUGCAGGAGUGUGGGGAGCAGAGCUGCUUAGUCACUGACGCCCGCUCGCACAUCAACAGCCCCCAACUGAGCUGGGUCCUGAUCUAUGGCACUCUGCUGGAGCCGUGGGACCUGCCUCUGCCACGCAGCGCUCGCGUUCCCUGGGGCCUCCUGCAUGAAGAGUCGCCCAAGAAUGCGCCUAUUUUCUGUCACGACGACUGUAUCUCUUUGUUCAACCUCACGGCCACGUUCCGUUCAGGUAGUGACCUGCCGUUGACCCUGCAGUACCUCUCGUCGCUGGAGGCGCUGACCUCUCCUGCCGGCGUGGUACCCAUCGAGGAGAAGCUGGCCUCUGAGCGCGCGCCGCUCGUCUACCUCGCCUCAGGCUGCGACACGCCCGUGCAGCGGGACGCGUUUGUCGCCGAACUAAUGCAGCACAUCGCCGUGGACUCGUACGGCGUCUGUCUCAACAAUCGCCCACUGCCUGUGGAGCUGGCCGACCCCAGCGAGGCCGACCCGGCCGCCUUGGACGCCUUCCUGGCGCCCUACCGGUUCUACCUGUCUCUGGAGAAUGCCGUCUGUGACGACUACAUCACGGAGAAGCUGUGGCGUCCGCUGCGGCUCGGCGUGGUGCCCGUCUACCACGGAGCGCCAAACGUGCGCCGCUGGCUGCCCAACAACGACUCGGCGCUGCUCGUUUCCGAGUUCGAGUCGCCGCGUGCGCUCGCCGCGCACCUGAAGCGACUCGGCGCCGACUCUGAGGCCUACUCGGCGCACCUCCGACACAAACGGGGCCAGGUGGACAACGCCGAGCUAAAGAGGACGCUGGCGUCGCGGCCGUGGGCGGCUCUGGACGAUACUGUCAGUGAUGCGCCGAACCUGGUCGAGGCAUUCCAGUGUCGGGCGUGUGAGCUGGCCUGGGAGGCGCGGCGGGUCGGAGGGACGGCCCCCAGAACCGCCGACAGUGGUCACUACGGGUGUCCGCGGCCGGCGCCGCUGCUGGCGGACGGCGACUCCUCGUGGUGGGCCGAACAGUGGGAGCGCGCCGCCCUGGAGGCCGCCCAGAUGCGCCGCCUGGUGGCCGAUGGACGCGCUGUCUCCAGAGAGGAUUUCCACAGACGCAUACUGAGUCAGCUCAGCGCUGGGAGAGACGAGCUGUGAGGUCGUCAGCGGCACAGCGAGAGUGCCGGCCGAGCCGACGGGGGACGCGUGGCGCUCCUUUCAGAUGUGGGAGCUCGGGCAAGUGACUCUGGUCGGUUGUUUUUCCAGUAUAUGCAGUGAUCCACAAAAUGGCGAGCACGGCACGCUUUUAUGUUCAGAGAACCUUGCCGUGCACUGUGAUCGAUGGUGUGGGGCGCUAGUCAGCGUUGGCUGACCACGUAUAUCUGUGAUAAAGACUGCUGCCCUAUGGGCUGCCUAAUGCAAUCUGAGAUUCCACAAGGCUCGUUUUCAGGGCACAAUGAUUCCUUAGUCAGGGUUGGAGGGCACACAUUUUGUAUGUACUUGUUAUAGUCCUGCUAUGGUCAUACCCGAUAUGUGAAGUGUAUUUACUCGUAUGGUAUACCGUAUAGGUACGAGAUUAAUGCAGGUAUGAUACACUGUUGGUGUUAUAUUGUUUAUAUUAUUUUUAUGCAUAAUAUGGGCAUGUUUGCCAUUUGAAGUAUUUUUGUACUUUGAAUACAAGCAUGCUUAUGA